CGUUCUUUUUUGUGCUUGAGGGAUCGAUUUGGAGAGAGUACUCUGAAAUUCCAAUCUAUGGAGGCCAUGGUGAAAAAGUAUCAGCAGAGAUUCAGAAAGUUUAAGGACGAAAUGGAUCGCUGGGACGAGCUCCAAGUUUGCUUAAUUUCGCUGUUCAGAAACGCUUCCUUCAUCAUCGGGAGGUUGCAGAUGCUUCAAGACUCUAAGAAUUAUGGCAGUCUGUCCGGCAUAGAUGGCAUUGUAGACGCGCUAUUGGCGAAGCAGAUGGAAUCCUUGCAACUUAAUUUCUCGUCUAUUGAAAAAACAAUGGAAGAACUUGGGAAUGUUGUCCGAUCGAUGGAGAAGAUUUAUCGUGAUGGGAAGCAAUUAGUCAAAGGUGGUUCCAAUCAGCCAUCAAUAAAACAACUACAGCAAAGAGUUGGUUUAAAACCCAGUAUUGAAGAUUGCUUGAAUGGGUUAAUGCUUCUAUGCGACAUGCACCGCACUGAGUACCAUCUUAAAGAAUCUGUGGUCUCAGCACUUCCCAAACUUUUCUGGAAAGCCAGUAAUCACAGUGCCCAAGAUCUCAGUUCCUUGCAGCAACUUUUGAUAGAUCAGCCUAACAUCCAGAAAGAGGAAGUUGAAUUCGUCUUUGAUACCAUACUGGUCGUGGAAGCCUAGCUAAUCAAACAAUUCAAGAACGUUUGAUUGUAUAUAUAUGCUUUCUUCUGCAGGCAGCUAGUGAUCAACCAUCAUGAAGAAUUGAAGAGUAGAGUUUCUAGAAUGAUUAUGGGUUUGCCUCUUGGUGACCAUAAAGGACCAAGUCAUGAUGGUCAUCUAUUUAGGAUUUAAUAUCUUACGAGUGGCAAUCAAAUAUAGUAGAAUUCCUCUCUCUCCACUGUUGUAGGUUAUUUUAUUUUAGCUUUAGAGUAGAAGUAAAAGAAUAAGGGAGAGAAAAAAAAGACUCGGACAAGGGAGAAACAAGGAUUUUUUUUUUUUUGGACGGGGUCUUUUUAGUAUUUGGAGAGUUUAGAAUUAGAAAUGUGAAGUUUUUUUUUGUUUUGUUUUUGUUUUUUGUUUUAAUAGAGAUUAUGCAUUUGGAUUUGAGUGGGUAACGAAUUUCUCAAAUGCAAGGGGCGUUAUUGUACGUGCGAUUGAAAAUUGACUCGGCUUUUGUCCAUCAUUCCCAUCUGGUGCCGUAAGAAUAGAUAAAAGAUCAAAUAUUGCCAAAUAGAUGGCCAAAUUGAAGUAGAAUUUUUUAACAA